CACCUCUCCGCCGACCACGACAGUCAUGGCUUUACCAACCAACAUCAAACCACCAUCGCACGCAUCAAGCAGCAACCCUGCUGCGACGUCUAACACAAAGUCCUCUGGCUCCUUCCCCGCGGUUCUCAUUCCCCGCGACAUGCUCCGAGCCGAUCUGGAGGCGCGCACCCCCAAAGACCUGACUUCCCUCAUCGUCUCUCUAAUGGACCGCUUCCCCGACACUGUGCCCUUUGUCGCGAAGCAGACGAACACGGCGCUCGUCUUCGCCCCAUCUGGCAAGGGCCUGUCGAACACGAUCGUGGUUCCCGCGGCGAAGUGGUUCGAGAAGGAUCAGGAGGAGGAGAGCACAGCUGUAGGAGGACGGAGUACAUGGGAGGCGUCUUCAACGCCGGUCGCGCGCCAGGCCGCAGCAAGAUCGGACAAGGAGAAUAUGAAGAAAGCGAGGGUCAACGCGAAGGAGCCUGCCGCGCCAAGCGAGGGGACAGAACCGGCGGUGCAGCCUGCCCCGUCGCGCAAGCGCGCGGCGUCCGGGACACGCUCUCCGUCCCCGAAACCUCGAUCCAAGCGCCGCAAGCGCGCCGCUGCGCCGACUGAUAAAAACCCCUCCGCCGCCUCCGCGCCCUUCGACCCCUCAGGCGUGUACAUUAUCAAUUGCCCCUAUCUCGUGGACCAAUGGCCCGACGACUGCUCCGGCCCUCUCACGCUCCGGCUCGCCCUCUCCUCUACCGGCCGUCACCUCUGGGGCACCUUCAAGUUCGGCAUCGUCGAGGGCGUCCUCCGCUCCACCUCCCCACCGCCCUUCCUGCCCGACACCACCAUCACCUUCGACUGGCGCGGCCGCGAGACGGGCGAGUACACCGUCACCUGGGACGAAGGCAACGUCGGCACGGUCACCCUCGCCACGGACGGCACCCUGCGCGGCACCCUCGACGGCGCGUUCCUCGACCCCGACCAGUGCGUGUUCUCCGGGCGGAAGAAGGCGGGCGACAGGCGGUUCCGCGCGCCUGGCGAGCGGCUUGUGAGGCGGUGGAAGCGCGAGUGGCGGCGGCUGCCCGCGCGGGAGGUGGACCAGGGGAAUGUGAUCUACGAGGAUGAAGCACUGGAAGAGGCGAUGCGACAGAAGGAGCCGCCGGCUGGCGACGAUCCCGGAUCUCUAUACGAGGGUACGCACGCCUUUGGGCCGGUCGUCGGGAGGAGUGAGAAGGAGGGGUGA